AUGUCAGACAAGGAUUUUGGACUACACACCGAAGCUGACGAGGCUGCUACUUACUUCGAAAACGACAUCAAGGGAAAGACCGUCUUGAUCACCGGAUGCUCACUUGGUGGCCUUGGUUUUGAGGCCGCGAGAGUCGUGUCCAAGCACCACGCUGAAUUGGUUAUUGUUGCUGGUAGAAAACAGGAAUCGCUCGACGAUGCCAUUGAGAAGAUCAAAGCAGAAACCCCAUCAGCGAACUUACGACCGUUGCUUUUGGACCUCGCCUCACUCGAGUCGGUCAGACACGCUGCGGCCGAAGUCAACGCCUAUCCUGAAGCCAUUGAUGUCUUGAUCAACAAUGCCGGUAUUAUGGCAUCUCCUUAUUACACUACCAAGGACGGCUUCGAGUCUCAACUCGGUACCAACCACAUCGGACCCUUCCUCUUUACCAACUUGAUCUUGCCAAAGAUCCUUGCUUCUAAGACCGGAGCUCCACGCAUCGUCAACGUCUCCAGUGUUGGUCACAUUCUCUCCGCCAUACGAUAUGACGACCCUUGCUUUGAAGACGGUAAAACGUAUCAUAAAUGGCUCGCAUAUGGUCAAUCCAAAACCGCCAACGUUUUAUUUGCUCGUGCAUUGAGUAACCGAUACAAGAGCCAGGGACUAACUGCUUUCAGCCUUCAUCCUGGCGUUAUUCGAACCAACCUUUCUCGUAAUGUCAAACGCGAAGAGUUCUCGGAGCCUAUGAAGGAUUACGAUGGCAUUUCAAUCGAUUUCAGCAGCGAGUAUCACAAGACCAUUCCUGAAGGCACUGCAACUCACAUCGUCGCAGCAUUUGAUCAGAACAUCGCCUCCGAGACUGGAUCUUAUCUGGCAGAUUGUCAACUGGCUAUGGAUCGGGUAAAGCGAUACGCGAAAGAUGAUGCAGAAGCUGAAAAACUGUGGGAGCUGAGCGAAAAGCUGGUUGGCCAAAAGUUCCAAUAA